AUGACCACCGAAAUGAUCACUACCUACAUAGAGGCGCGUUAUGUGAGCCGGAAAAAGCUACGCGAGUUGCUGGACACCCUCUUCGGGGAUGAUUACAAUGUCGUCAUGGCGGCGGAUACAAUUGCGGUGGAGGCAAUCAGACAGCUGACAGAGGGAUAUGCUACAACGUUCGCCACUUCGAGCGGCAUCACAGAGACCUCGAGGAUCCAUGGUCCUGUCGCCAGUCGGCCCUACACCACAAAGCAGCAAAUUACCAUGCCAAAUCCGAUUAGCAAUCUCAAGGUCGAAUUCGCACAUGAGCAGCAUGUUCACCAUCUGAAGGGAAAGCUACACCAUGCCCUGUGUAUUCUCGCCAACACUGCCAGUACGCUCGUGAUUAUUGCCGAGCACGAACUCUCGAUAAUGCACAGCCUAGGAUUGACUUCCCAUACCGAUGACCGCUGUCUCUUGCGGAAUAUGUCUCGGGAUGUGGAUGGAUACCAAGAGACAGCAAGGAAGCUUCUGCGCAUGUUUGACGACCUGCAGUCUAUGUAUGGUAAAAUCCUCGCCCUGCGUGGCCAGGAGCUACAACACGAUGCCAGCCUCAAGCUCGCACAACUGGCACAGGCCAAUGCCGCUGAGAGCCAAAAUAUGGUAUUGUUGGCUGACAGCACAUACAAAGACUCACGGGCAAUGCGUAUCGCGACGGCCAUUGCCAUGCUUUAUCUACCCGUAAAUUUGGUCAUGUCUUUCUUCAGCAGCACGCUUGUUGUCUGGUACGAAACGGCCACGGAGGCGGACAGAAACUCUACAAUGCGGAUCCGCCGUGAGGAACCUCUCCCCACCGCAGUAAAGUUUCCCAUCAGCGAGUCAACGGCUCAAAUCGACACGACCAAACUCGGCAUCGAUUUGGCAUCCGAGACCAGACGCACACUCCGGGAACUGGCAGCGUCUGGAGUCGACGAUGAAGACAAUAACGUAGCUGAUGUCCGGUGGUGUGGUGAGGUCGGACGGGUAAUGCGGAUUGAUUUCGACCGGGCGUAUCUUCAGAGCUGGCAGCACUCACAGACAGCCAGCAUUGGCGCUCCAGAAACGCCAGCCACAGUCGAUGUCCUGGAUGCGAUGGAAGAGACGGAGAAAGAAGCCAGUGCACGACCAGCAAAGCGAGCAAAAUACGACAGUAACAAAGUGGCUGUCGUCGACGCAGAGCUGUCAGGAUAA